AUGGGGGACAUGCAUCAGCAGCAGCCUGUGUGUGGAGUAGACCAGGUGGAGCUCAGGGUCACCUUCCCUGUGGACACUCCAGCAGAGCUGACCAGCCUGACCCCGUCGCCGCCCGGAGAACUUGGCCAAUGCAGCAGCAGCAGCAGCAGCAGCGCUAACAGGGAGCCGCUGGCCAAUGUUUAUGGACUAAACGAGGCCAGCGAAUCAGGAGGGUCUGUGGUGGGCACAGUGUGGGCUGCUAACACUGCACAGUGUGGGCUGCCCACGAGAGGUGAGACAGAGACAGGGGGCCUCUGGGAGAUGAAGGCAGGGAACAGCAGUGAUGAAUAUUACAAUGCAGGAUCUGACCAGCUCAUGGCAGUGAAGAAGGAAAGUGAAGAAGAAUUUGAUGAUUUCCUACAAGAAUAUCUGUUCACAACUCAGAUAGAGAAAGAAGAACCUGAACUGGAACAUGAAUGUAAGACUGAAAUAUCCAUGCCACUACAGGAAAUUAAAAAGGAAGACAUAUCUUCAGAUCUUCAUGAUCACACAGAUUCUUUUCCAAGAGGAGACAUUCAAAGGAAUCUAGCUAUUAAAUCAAAACACAGGAAGGAAAAAGGAAACCAAUGUGGAAAAGCCUUUAUUAAUAAGUACACUCUUAAGAAACAUCAGAGUAUCCAUACUGGAGAAAAGCCACAUCAGUGUUCUCAAUGUGGAAAGGCCUUUACACAGAAGCCUCAUCUCAAGAAACAUCAGAGGAUCCAUACUGGAGAAAAGCCACAUCAGUGUUCGCAGUGUGGAAAGGCCUUUAAGUUGAAGGGUGAUCUCAAGAUACAUCAGAGGAUCCAUACUGGAGAAAAGCCACAUCAGUGUUCUCAGUGUGGAAAGGCCUUUACACAGAAGACUCAUCUCAAGGUACAUCAGAGGAUCCAUACUGGAGAAAAGCCAUAUCCAUGUUCUCAUUGUGGAAAGACCUUUAGUCACAACGCCAGCCUCAAGCUACAUCAGAGGACCCAUACUGGAGAAAAGCCACAUCAGUGUUCGCAGUGUGGAAAGGCCUUUGCAUUGAAGGGCAAGCUUAAGCUACAUCAGCGAACCCAUACUGGAGAAGAGCCACAUCAGUGUUCGCAGUGUGGAAAGGCCUUUAUUAAUAAGUACACUCUUAAAAGACAUCAGAGGAUCCAUACUGGAGAAAAGCCAUAUCAGUGUUCGCAGUGUGGAAAGGCCUUUCAGUUGAAGGUUGAUCUCAAGAUACAUCAGAGGACCCAUACUGGAGAAAAGCCACAUCAGUGUUCUCAGUGUGGAAAGGCCUUUACACAGAGGACUCAUCUCAAGGUACAUCAGAGGGUCCAUACUGGAGAAAAACCAUAUGCAUGUUCUCAUUGUGGAAUGACCUUUAGUCACAACGCCAGCCUCAAGCUACAUCAGUGGACCCAUACUGGAGAAAAGCCACAUCAGUGUUCGCAGUGUGGAAAGGCCUUUGCAUUGAAGGGUAAGCUUAAGCUACAUCAGCAGACCCAUACUGGAGAAAAGCCACAUCAGUGUUCUCAGUGUGGAAAGGCCUUUACACGGAAGGCUCAUCUCAAGGUACAUCAGAGGACCCAUACUGGAGAAAAGCCAUAUCCAUGUUCUCAGUGUGGAAUGACCUUUAGUCACAACGCCAGCCUCAAGCUACAUCAGCGGACCCAUACUGGAGAAAAGCCACACCAGUGUUCGCAGUGUGGAAAGGCCUUUGCAUUGAAGUGUCAUCUCAUUCUACAUCAGAGGAUCCAUUCUGGAGAAAAGUCACAUCAGUGUUUGCUGUGUGGAAUGGCCUUCAUAGAGAAGGGUAAUCUCAAGAAACAUCAGAAGAUUCAUACUGGAGAAAAGCCACAUCAGUGCACUCAGUGUGGAAAGGCCUUUACACAAAGGGGUUCUCUCAAGAGACAUCAGAGAAUCCAUACUGGACAGAAGCUGUAA